CAGCUUAUAUGGGUAAUGCUCACGCUCGCUCAGCAGAUCGCCAUUACGUUUUCGCGUUUGCAACUCCGAAACCAAAACGUGUGUAUUUGCUAGCUGCGAAAAAUCGGAAAAAAUCGACCUGCACCCGUUCGGGAACCGGCCAAAAUUAUAAUUUCCGACGGUGGAAGCAUUAAUACAUCCGAUGCCAGUGUAAUUUACCUGUGAGUUAGGCGCCCUUGUGCAAAAGAAGUGAAUUUUACAAAGCGAUCCGUGGUUUUUUUCCGCUUUAUGCUGUCCCAGUAGUCGGUGCGGUUUUUAGCAAACCUUUCCUGCUUCCUAAAGUUUACGCCAUCGAGACUAUAAGUGAGAAAAAUAUUUGCUGGGAAAAGCAGCUACGUACGUAGUUAGAUUCUACGUAUUUGGCUGGUUAAAAACUUGCCACGGAGUAAAUCUGCAGGGCGACAGUUAAAAAAAAGGUUCGUAAGAAGACCGAAUGAUACUAGAGUAUGUGUGAUUGUCCCAAAAAGGGAUGAGAGCAAACCAAGAGCACUAGCGCUACGCAAAUGUACUAAUGAGAAAAAGCUUUGAACCGAUGUAAACAUACAGAAUAGUGGCAUAAUAGUCUAUUACUCAUAGUACAGUGUAAACAAAUUGAUUAAAAAAAGAAUCUGAAAUUGUUGCAAGCAAAAUCAUAAAGGAUAACUACUGAAUAUAAGUUAUGAAGAUAUGGUGAAUCACCGAGAAAAUCAAACAAUUCAAAGAAAUAGCGUCUUUUUCCGUGUGUAGAAAUGUUACGAAAUUGUUUCCAGUUGUGCUCAAGGAUUAAACUAUAAUCAAGUGAAAUAAGAAGUCACUGAUAAUCUUCAUUGGAAAAGAUUUGGAAGAUGGACGAUGAGGUUGACUUAUCAGAAAAAUUAGCACAAUCAACAUCUGAUCGCGAAAAUAUUCCGAUUGCGAUUUCACCCAAACAUAGGUUGUCGAAUUCGGCACCGAACGAAGAAGAUGGCGAUUCAAGGACUGCGGAGGAGUUACAUAUUAAGGCACAAUCUGGAGUUGUGAGCAACGAGUGUAACGAAGCUAUAAUUGUUCUUGAUGUUGCGGUAGAAAUCGAUGCAUCCAAGGAACAAAAAAGUAUUCAAAAGGAUGGAAAUCACUCCCAAGAUCCUGAGGAAACACCUGCAACGGAAACACAGUUAUCUGUGCAGGACACAGAUGUUUUUUGUGACGAAGAAACUCAACAAGAGAGGCACAACUGUCAGCGGAUAAGCGUAGACGAAAAUAAAGAGCUGGCUUUGCCAGAGAAUAUUAAAAAGACGGUAAAACAUAAAGCUAACGGCAAUUUUACCUCGGAACCUAUAAGUAAUGAUACCGGACAGUUGCAAAGCACUUCGCAGAGCGCUCUAGGAGAUACCACUUUAGUAGAAACAAGUGACACAGAGAAGAUGAUCGAUUGUGUGAAUAGCGUACACGGUGAACAUGAGGAGGCUGUGAUUGAGCCUCUUGAUAAGGCGAAAAAAGAAAUGGACAAAGCAAUCGUCCGAAAAACUUGUGAGGAGGAAAAAUUCGCCAUUCGAAAAAGUGAUCCAGGAGAAAAUAUGGAUGUUGACUACGAAAAUGACGAUGAGCUUUCAAGUGAUAGAGUAUGUCGAAAUGAUGCUGGUUCUGAUGAUAAUCCAUUAGAGCAGCAGACCGAACCAGAGUUGGACUGUCAUUAUGCUGAAAAAGAAAUGCAAUACGAUGAACAUAUUAAAAAAAUUGGUGCAACCAAAGACGCAGUAAUAGAAAAUCGUCAGGUGAAUGGAAACGUUUCAGUCGGUGAUAUUCAGGAAGCAGAUCACCAUGUUGACGCCAGUGAAACAACUGAGGAAGCUGAUCAAGUGCGCUAUAAGCGACCGAGGUCGGUUAGUCCAACCAGUGUGGAGAUCUUACACGAGUCUUCAAAUAAACAGUUGAAGCUAGACUUGAAAUCAGAAUCAGUUUUGAAUGGUGAGUUGUUCUCGUCAGGUAAUCUAACAAAUCCAGGUGCAACAGAACCGCUGGCGGAGUCUGAAAAGCUUGAUCAGUCUGCCGACUCGGGAAAAUCUUCGCUUGGCGAUAGUAACGAGCCCGAAGAUGAAGUAACACCAAAAACCAGCGAGUUGACAUUACAGAAUAUGGAGAAACCAAGAAGUGACAUUGAAUCGCACCAUGACGGAAAUAUUGGAGACGACGAUUUCGAUGACGAAAAAUCGAGUAGCUCAAGUUCACAGUCCAGUUCUUCUAGUUCCAGUUCUGAGUCGGAUAGUUCCGAUGAUGAGGCGUCUAAAGAUGAAGAGGGCGAGGAUAAAACUGCUGCAAAAGUUCAACAUGAACAAGAAAAAAACGAACCGAAACCAGAGAAAUCUGAAUUAACCAUACCUCCCUCGGGUAUCGCUGCAGGAUCAGCAGACCAUGCGACUGGUGUGGCAAUGGAAAAUAAUGACAGUCAGUCGCGUUUGGAAAUGAACGAAGUAUUUUCACAAACCUCAGAUGAAUAUGAAGAAGCUGAUGAAGAGGAUGAAAUAAAUGAUAAUCAAAGCGAAAAUGAUGCAAAAAUUACAAAAAGUGAAGGUUUGAAACUAUCAAUUUCAUUGAAAAGGCCAACUGCAGAGGAUAGUGCUGCUACAUCAGCAAGUGUGGACCAACUACCUCCAAUGGAAAAUAAACCGGUCAUGCCACAGCCCGUGGACUUUUCCAAUUUCCUAAGUCAGGAAAAAUUGUUCGGUGAACGAUCAGAACUAAUAAAAAUAGACUACAACAGUAAACCGCAGGUGCACAAUUUAAGCGAUCAAGUUAAAAAGAUGGAGUCUGAGAUGCCUGCUGUUGGGACGACUGCGCCUGCUGGUUAUUUUAACUUAAUCAAUAAUCAGUUUAAAACGAAUUAUGUUGGGCUCAAUUCAGCUGAUUUUCUAAUGGACGAAUCAUCGGAUACACUUGAUGAAGACAAUCGAUUGGUUAUAGCUGAGAAGCAGCGAAGAGGUAGAAAAAAAGAUAUCUCGCCUACAAAACAACCACAAAUGCAACAGCAACAUCAAUCUUGGCUGCAAACGGGACAACAGUCGCAGCUGAUGAGAUUAGGCAUUUCUGGCAGGAAUGUCCCUGCUAGAAGAUCUUACCAACAACGUUCGCAGCCAUCUCUGAUGAAAACAAUGCUGGCUAGCAGUAAGGUUGCCCAGCAACAAUUACCUGUUCCUCCAACACUUCCUACACAUUUGCCUCUUCAAUCUCAACAACUGCAACAACCACCUAUAUUGCAGCAACAACAACAACUGCAGCAGCAUUCCGUUAAUAAUCAGCAGCGACCGCAGUCGCAGCCACAGCAGCCAGCACCAGAGAAAAAGAAAGAUAAGAAAAAAGUUUUUCUCUGCUCACCUUGCGGAACUCAUUACGAGAAUUGGAAUCUUUUUAAACACAUGCGAGAAGUACACAAAAAAUAUAUCUGUCUAUACUGUCUGGGUAUAUUCCAGUCUGCCGAGAGGCUGGUAACUCACCUAGAGUCUAAGCAUCAAGUGCGCAAAAAGCAAAUGGCCAGUAUCGAUGACUAUCAGAGCCACCAGCAACAGCAAAACGUGGACACUUUGGGGAGAUCACUCUACCUGAUGUGUGCACGUUGUGAGCAUAUCUUCGAACGGACAACCGCUGCUGACGAACAAAUGAUUGUGCAGCAUAAUUGUGCUAAUUACUUAGAAAAAUGUGACAACUGUGGUAAUCUGAAGCAAUCGAAGCACAAGUGCGAUAAAAAAAUAGAUUUACUAUCAUCAGCUUCAGCAAACGCAACGGUAUCAUCCACCGGCAAUAAUCAGAAAUUCAUCAACAAUGCAAACAAUAAAAUUAAAUUUAGUUUAAAUAACAACUAUGACAGUGCCGCUAGCGGUAGUUCAUCGGCUGUGAUGUUUAAUUACGAUAAUCAUGGAACUAACAGUAAAGACAACCCAGAUAACUUGUAUCAGCUGAAUAGUCUUGGAAGUGUGGGAAAACACACAAACGCAACAAACACACGAAAAUCGUCCAACAAAAAAAUGAAACUUUCGCAGAGAACUAAGCCCGCCGAAAUAGCAAGGCCUUUGGAAACCAAUAGUCAGCUACUGGUAAACGUUCCAUCCGGGGAAGACCACUCUGCUACGAUGACUGCUGAUAAUUCAUUCAACAGUCCGAUACUACAAUCUCAACUAAUGAAACCACUGGAUACAAUGUCCCAAUUACCCGGUACUGUUGCAUAUACAUCCGAACAGUCUCAUUUCUACACUAGCCAAUCGAGUGACCAACAACCCUUUUUGAUCCAACUGCCAUCACAAUUAAUGGAACUUCCGAACCACACCACAUCGGAACAGAAAUUUAGUUUUAAGGAAACGACGAAACUUUCUACUAUACCAGCAAGCUUGCUAUACGUUAGCGAAACACCAGCGGAGCUUCCACCUGUACCUGAGCUACCUAGCCAGAUCGGACAACAGACGGAACAACUAGCUCAAGAACAACAACAACCUCCCUUGCUGGUACCAAAGCUGAAGGUGAAAAUUCCUAAACAAUUUUGCCCGCCCGUUGAAAGCGAGGAAUCUUCAACCGAGAGCGAUUAUGACGAUGAUGAACCAAUAGAAGAAACCGAUGAUGGAGAUGGGAAAUCAGUGGAUCAGGCGAUGUCUUCGCACGCUGAACAGUCUCAUACAGACGCACUUCCUGCUCCAGUGAGUCGAAUAGAAGACGAUGUCAAGCUCGAUCCAGUCGAAAUGGACAUAGAGGAAGAGGGUGAUCGACAACCGGUUCAUUUGCCACCAGAAAUGGGACCGGCACCAAUGCCGGAACAACAUCGACUGGAUUCGCAACAGCAUUUGAGUCUCGGAAUAUCAACGCCAGAUCCAACUACAUUGGAGCAAUCCAACGAUCCAUCAACGGUUUUCGCCGACAGACCGCUAGGUUCGGCUGAGCCGAAUAUCACUGAAUCGGAAGAUCCACGUUCAAUUGAAUCGGAGAUGGCAUCCGAUGCAAUCGUGGUUGCCAACGAUGAUGCACAAUUGUUCGAGCUGACACUGGACGUACCGCUAGAUAAAGUUGAAAUACGCGAUUUCAUCAAGCUGUGCCUCAAAUCGACAGUUCCCUUUUGCUUGUAUUGUAACCAUGCAAGGAGAAUUGCCGUCAACGGUAAAUACUUAGCUCUUCAUUUGGUGGCCAGUCAUCGUUUCCAAGCAACUGUUAACAGUAUAACGGCGGAAGAGUUACUGCCAGCCACAAUUGUUCAGCGUUUCAAAUCUUGCUUGGAAGAAUUGGAGCCGCUGUUCUUCAACUUGGAAACAUUCGACAGCAGCUGGACAAUGGAGGAAAAAGCCAUAACAUACCCAAAACAAUUCGAGUGCUUCCAGUGCCGUUUCAUUACUAAGAUCCAUAAAGAGUUAUAUCUGCACAACCGUAAAAUGCAUCAGAAAUCAUUAUUAAUUUGCUUGAUGUGUAAGGGGAACUUUUUCAGUUAUAGUGAACUACUGUGUCACAUGUGUCCGGGAGCACCAAACCGCUUGGUUAUUCUCGACUACACUUUCCGAUGUAGUUUGUGUAAUAUUGAUGGAAUUCCAUCAGCAUUCCGACUUAUGGUACACCUGAGGAAGCGCCAUUUCGCCUGCGAUGUUUGCCUAGAGCAAUGUACUGAACAAGGGGCCCUUUCGAACCAUGUCUGGAAACAUAAGCUGCAUCAUUUAUGCUACCGUUGUGGAAUUGCCUAUCGCAAUAAAGCGGACAUUUUGAAGCACUUGUUCUGGAAGCACGGCACAGAGGGUGUAUUAUGUAAGCGAUGUUUGCAGAAGAAGUGGCCUCAUGUGUAUCACUUUUGCGUGCCACCAGCCCAGUUCAUAUGCGAAGUUUGUCAAAUGGGUUUUCGUAAAUCGUUGGCUCUGAAAGUGCAUCAAAGGUUACACAAUGGGGAAGAAAAAUAUCCUUGCACAGAGGAUGGCUGCGAAAAGAAGUUUAUCUCAAAGAAACUUUUGUUGAAACAUGUCCAGAGACAUUAUGAACCACCACCGGCACCCCCUUCGCCUUUGAAACCUGUAAAAGAAGCGACGCCGGAGCCAGAGCAAUCAUCGAAACCAAAGCAAGAUGAUCAAGAAAAAAAUACUUCAGGUGAAAUCAAAGCCAUCAUCAAAGAUGAUACUAUGGAUGGGGACGGCAAUGUGAAAGUGGAAUCUAGAGAAGCAAACUCGUCCGAAGCCGAUAAAGUGAAAACUGAAACUACACAAAAGAAGAAAAAGAAACGCUCCAAAAAAAAUCAGGAAAAAUCAUUGUCUGAUUUGAUUAAUCUGCCUGCAUUGAACCUAUCGGAAAGUGAUAGUUCAGAUGAUUCAGACCCAGAUCAAACAAACACCACCAUCAGCAAAAAAUGCGCAAAUGUGUUACCUGCAAAUGCAACUUCUGGAGAUGAAUGCAAACUUUCUCCCAAGGAGAACUCUGAAGAACAGUUAAAAGAGACAGAAGAAAAAGAGAAAGUUGAAAAAGAUCAUGCGUUGACUAUUUUGAAUAACCUUAAAAAUUAUCAAGCUUCUUUAAAUAACAGCCGAAGAUCGUCUCUUUCAGAGGAACUCUCAGAAGAUCAGUUCACAGAAAAGUUGUUGAAAUCCAAAAUUCUACAUGUUUCACAGUCAGACCAUGACUACUGUCGUAUGACCAAAAAAGUGUAUCCACAGAUCAAAGCUGCUGAAAUCGGUGAAACAAUUGUAAUUGACGACAAUGGCAAUUUGGGUAAUGCUGAAAAACAAGACUCUCCGGUAAAAGGUGCAGCAGGGAGCAACCCCAAAAAACAAAAAACGCCACGUAAAAGAAAAGCCUCUAAAAGUGGCUCAGAUUCAUCAUCGAGUGGCAGUGGAAGUGAUUCCGAUUCGAGCUGUGAGUGUGGUUCAAAUUGUAGCUGUAGUUCAAGUAGUUCUGGUAGUAGCAGCUCGUCGUCUGACGAUUCAGGCAGUUCGGACGAGAAUACUACGAAAAACAAGAUCAAAGAAGUUACUUCUUUGCCUUCAGAACAGUCGAGUAAAAAUGAACCCUCAGUUCCUGUAGAGGAAGAUUUACCUGCUAACCCCCCUGUACCUGUUGAUCCAGAUACAAUCAUUCAUGAAUCUGAUCUAGAAACAGAUGAAUCGGAAACAGAUGAAGAGUUUUAUGACGAUCAUCCUCAGAAGUUAGCAAAUCAAAUGUUGGCGGAAAAACGACGUCAACUGUUGCUGCAAACUUGUAUGAGCCCGAUGAACAGCUAUGGAAUUGUCGAGAAUAGCCGGCCAUCAACUCCUUCUUUACCACCGGAAGAAACAACUAUCAAGAAAAAAGUUAAACUGAAGAAACGAAAACGUGAAAGGAAAUACACGAAAAAGACUACUACACGGUUGCCAACACCACAGGAACCCCCCGUCCCGAACAUUCCUCUUUCAAAUCAAGCUGAUCAAUUUUCACCACCUUCGAUUAUCCAGAUGCAUUCGCACACUGCAACAACCCCUAUAUUUCAUCCUGCUGAGAAUACAGUAUCUCUAGCCGCUUCUGGUAACCAAGCAAUAACUCCGGGUACACCUUUGGGUGUCUCUGCUUUGAAAUCUUCCGCCAGCAAGAUAGGCACUCCACGACUUAGCACUGGAAACAGUUCAGAAUCAGAUGCUCCACUUAAACGAUCACAGCGUAGUAGGAAACCGAACAAAUUUUACGGUUAUACAAGUGACGAAGAAACACCAUCCCCGCUGACUCCAACAAUGGCUGCAAAACACCCGGAAAAGUCAAUCCUCUCAGUGAUGAAGCCAACACCACCACCUAAUUUGGUCUGGAGUAAAGAAGACCUUCCUUCGCCGCCAAUUGUGAAGGGUAAAAAUUCGAAAUUGAAACUCCAGCCUGAACAGCACACACCACUCAGUAGUCGCGCUCCACCCGUUGCGACCGCUGUAAUUAACCCUGUUCAACAGCCACCGCGUGUAGAAGCGACGAGAAUUCCUCAGGUUCCUGUGCACCACAUUUAUGCUAGUCCGCUUGGAACUCCACAACAAACUGAUGCUGACAGUGACUCUAGCCAAGAAGGCGUUUUGCAAAUAAGUCAGAAACCUAUUAAAGCCACCACCACACCACACAGACCGCAGCCACCCCUUCCUAAGCUUAAACUGUCCAUUUCAAAGAAGGGCGCUCGAGGAGCUCCGAAAACACCAACCUCUUCACGAAAACGAGGAGUGGCCAAACCCAAGACACCAAAAUCGGCACCUCCGAUCGUACAACCAGUUGCAACUAAUCGUUCGGCCGUUCCAGCGACAGCAAUCCCACAUGCUUUCGAACCGCCAAUAGUAGACGCAGGUAUUCCAAAAGUACCACCACUUGGGUCCUUCCCAAGCAUAACCACAGAAUUUUUCCCACCUAAUCAAAUUCGCAUCCCGGCCGGCUGGCGUCCUCCCCGAGAAGGUGAGUCCGUAUACUGCUAUUGUCGUUGUCCGUACGAUGAAGUAUCGGAGAUGAUAGCCUGCGAUGGUGACAACUGUCGCAUCGAAUGGUUCCACUUCGAAUGUGUUGGUAUAAUUAUGCCACCGAAGGGCAAGUGGUUCUGUCCGGAGUGUAAACUGAAACAGACCGUGGGUGGCAUUAGCGGAGGCAUCGAAACACCUUCGUUUGGAAGCUCCAGCUCUGCUGCCGUGAUAUCGGCAACUGCCACGCUCGGUGGUUCAGCAGCUAACGUGCAUAAUUGAAAAUUAAGCACCUUGAAAAGAAUGAGACUUCCAAGCAGCUGCAAAUAUUCGCUGUUUGAAGUCUGGGAAAAUAUGUGUGCUUUUGAAAUAUAUAACGUGAUUUUUUUUCAGCAACUGAACGCAUUGAUGGAAAAUGCAUCUCUCCAUAUUCCGAUGCAUUAAUGAGAAAUAGUGCGGAAAUAAUUAAGUAAUGCUGACCGCUAACGCAAAAAAUGCGAAAGUGUAAUUUAGAAGGUUUAGCAAGUACGUUUUACGAUGUUUGGACUACCCAAAAUAGUUGUUCUGAUCAGAUCAUAGAGAAAGAAAUAGAAACGAACCAUUGUUUAAAGCGCUUAUUUUUUAUCAGAACCUAUGACAUGUAUCCGUACAAAGCUCGGUAGAUAGAUAGCUUUGAACAUCCUAUUUUUCAGUCGAUAUACAUAGUAGUUAGUUGUGUAAAAAAUAGAAAUAAUCAUUGCUCUAAGAGGGAGCAACAAUUUAUAUAAGAAACUUAGAUACGGAUAUACAUUUGUAUUUGUACAGUUUUUCAAUUAGUUAAACAUAGAGGUUUACCUGUUUGCAAGACGAUGAUUCUACAUAGUUCUACAUUGGACAGCAUAAAAUAAAACGGUUUUUUGCUAGUAACAUUUUAGUGAACCAUUGAUUACAUACCUACCGCACACGCUUGGAAGAAGAAGUUUCAAAAACUCUUCUUUUUUACAUUUGUUUUUCUGUAAACAUAUUAGAACAUAUUGGGAGACACCAAGUCAUUUUGUUGUUUGUAAAUAUUCAAAUGGAGUGCGAAGUUGAGAGUCGUGGUUUGAAUGGAUUAAAAGCAAAAUUUUGAGCAUAAAGCUAAUACCUGAAAUAGGUGAUAUAUGUUAUUACAAACUUAAUAUGAUACAUAACAUAAUAACUGUAAAAUUCAACGUACACUAUGAAGACAAAUAGUAUGCAACAAAAACAUAAUGUAGUGACGCUAGUGGUGAACAGUGGUUCGCUCGGAAACACUUAAUAGAAUGGUAACGAUACGUUUAAUGAAAAAUCUGCAAACAAUAUACAGACUAAUGUUGAUGCUACUAAAGCCAAAGGA